AUGAGUUCCGGAUCUGAACCACCUUCUACGGCGGCUGCUGUUGGUUUACCACCUCUGCGGCGUGUCAUAACUACCCACGAUGCAGAUGGAAAAGCCGUCUUCAGCGAAGAGCUCUCACAGACCAUUCCGCGAAUUGAGAUUCCCGGCAUGCACUUUCACCUGGGCUACACCCUGAACCAAUCCCCAGGCGUGCUGAAUAAUGACCAAGAUCUGAAGGAGUACAAGGACCGGCUCCCACAUAAUGUGGCUGCGAGCAUUCCCGGCGGAACCGUGCUCCGCAUUGUUGAUUUCCUGCCCGGAGAGGGCGCGCCAAUGCACAGGACGAAAACCGUGGAUUUUGGCGUGAUUCUGGAAGGAGAACUGGAGUUGAUUCUGGACAGUGGUGAGAGCACUGUGUUGAGGCGAGGAGACAUCCUUGUUCAGCGAGGGACGAUCCAUGAAUGGAAGAAUAACAGCACUACCGAGAUUGCAAGAGGAUUCUUCGUGUUAGUGGACGCAGCUUUACCGACGGUGAACGGGACGCAACUGCGCGAGGAAAUAUCGGUAGACGAACUGAAAACUGAAUAA